AUGACUAAACCCAAUUUUCUAGAGCUUCCGCUCGGAGCUCAACUUGUUUACCUCGCAGAAGGCGGUGCGAAUGUCAUCUACAGGAUUAUAUCGAUAUCGGGGGCUUCAGCUGUUGGGUCUAAGAAGACCGUGCCUUGUGGGACCGAUUCUCUCUAUGUACCUCCCGAAUUCAAAGGCAAGUUGCUGCGACUCCGCAAGGAUACAGCGUCGGGAAUUCCUUACCAGGAAAUUGCCCGAAAUUUUGACAGGACCAUCCGCCCCCUAUUUAAGCAAGAUGAACUGGUCGAUCAGGAGCUUGUGUAUCUCCCAAGAGGGCUCGUCCAACAGUGCAAUGAUCAAUUGCAUGCGGCCGAGGUACACGGCAGGCGUCCAAAACGGCGGCAUGGCGUCUAUCUUUCUGUCACCGAACCAUUCGGUCUCUUGAUCACGGAUAUGACCGUCUUCGAUAGUCCUGGUACGGUCCUUGCUGAGCUGAAGCCCAAGUGGCUUCUUCAGUCACCCUCUGCACCAGCAAAUAGUCGCAGGUGUCGCACCUGUUCUCUACGCGAAAUGAAAAACCAUGACGCUCGCAGAGCCGGAAGGCCAGAGGAACGUUCAUUCUGUCCCCUGGACCUUGUGUCUGAUAGAUUUGAGAAUGUUAUGCGGGCGGCAAAAUUGGUUAAAGGUUGCAAAGAUCAGCUGCGACUAGCAAAAGUGCUUUAUCGGAAUAGCACGUUGCAGACCCUUCUCGGGCACCAAAAAGUCGCGCGAGAUGUAGGGCUCCUCGGACCUCCGCCGCAAUCCCGAGAAAAGUCACUGGCAAUGACCUUGAGGGACUGCACGAUGUUCAUUAAGAUGCCACCUGAUGACGGCGAUGCUGUUGAGAUACGCCUUGGUGACCUUGAUCUGAAGACGGGGGCUGGGGGCAAAGCACAAUAUUGGGUUGACCUGGAGAACCAGCUGAUUACCGAAGGUUGGUACAUGGGAUGUACGACCUGUGCACAUGCCAGCGAAUACACAUUUGUCGAGCUGGCCCAGGCACGACGAACCAUCUACAAGCUCGGUAAUGACAGUCCCGUCCCGGACUCCAAGAUCGAAGACCUAGUUCACGCAGCUAUCCUGAACGUCCCAAGCGCUUUCAACACCCAGUCCACAAGACUACUGGUGCUGUUGCACGGUGAACACGAACGGCUCUGGGACGUGGUGAUUCAGAUCUUUGAGGGUCUGGUGAAUUCCGGCGCUGUGCCUGAGACAACGUGGAGGAAUCAGACUUUGCCGAAGUUGUUGGGUAUAAAAGGGGGUGUUGGGACU